GUAUUCCAGUGACGCGGACAUUGCGAAGUUGCGGCCGGCUUUGGCACAAAUCUCCCGCAAAUCUGGAUCCAGACAGUCGCAUGAAGCUAGGGGAGAUGUCGGAGCCGGUGGAACGGUUCGACGUUUUCUUCUCGCACACUUGGAUGACUUCCGGUAGGUGGAAGUUCUUGUCACUUCUGUUUCAGUAUGGCUGGCCUUGGAUGCUGGCCAGCUGGGCUUGUGCCGUGACCCUGGUGUUUUUCCUGAGUGUCGAUGGGAUGUUGCUAACGCCUUUCAAAUUUCGCAUGAAUGUCUUGGGCUUCCAGAAAGACUGUCCUUACGCUCCCUGGGUCUACCUCGCUGGAGUCUCUGCGAUGCUGAUCUCUUUCCUCGCCUUUCCUUACU